GUUGCCGCACGGUUGUUGCGCAGCGGUUGGUUUCCGGUGGGGACUGGUGAUGGCGUCCGGGUUUGAGAGCGAGCGGAGCUUGGCGGCGCGCAAGGAGCAACGGCAGCGGGAGCGGGAGGCGCUGCUGGCGCAGGCCAAAAUUAGUUACGAAAAGAAGCAGAGGCACAAGUUGCUAAAGCAUCUACGAGGUGAAGAUACGUGGAUGCUUGCCGAUGUGAACGAACGUGUGGAACAACUGGAAAAGGAACAUUCUGUGCAAAAAAAGAAGAAAAAGGAUAAGCAUUCAAAAAAAGCUAAGAAAGAAAAGAAGAAAAAUAAGAAACAAAAAUCUGAAAAGAAGGAUGACUUACUUGACAGUUCUUCGGAUUCUUCAGUUGAAUGGGUUGAGUCAAAUGUGUCACAGUCGGAUAACACAGAAAAGGCUUGGAAGGUCAACAAGCAAUCAGAUGCUGUGAAAGAACCCUCCCUGAAGAGAGAAGAAUGGAUGAAUUUAGACUUCAUGUCGUUGAAAACCACGUCAGUAGCAGCUGUCAAAGGUGAAAGACACAAAGAAAAAAUAUUGGAACGACAGAAAGCUCGAGAAAUGGAGCAGGCCAUGCUGUCUGAGAGGGAACUCAAUCCCUAUUGGAAAGAUGGUGGUACAGGUUUGCCGCCAGAGGAGGAUGGAGCAGCUUCAGUUAAGAAAGUUACAGUGGUAGAAGAUGCUGGAUUAAGUUGGUUACGAAAAUCAUACCAAAGGAUGAAGGAGCAGGCUGAGAGAGAGAAGCGAAAUUUUGAGGAAAUUGUAGCUGAGAGAUACGGGUCAAUGGAGGUAUUUCAGUCACGAUUAGAAGAAGCUGAAAAAGUUGCAUCCAGAAAGGAAAAUAAUUAUAGAAGUGGAAGAUGGAAGAAAACUGACUAUUCAGAAAGUGAGAAAGACAAGAAAGAACAGCAUAUGAAAAAGGAAACACAAGAUGAAGAUGAUAGAAACAGGAACAUGUUUGUAGGCAGUACUAGGGAGAAGUAUGGCAAGGGAUGGGUGCAAGAAGACAAAGGUUACAAAAGAGAUAUGUCAAGAGAAGACCAAGAAUGUGGACACAGCACAGACUCAGAAUUAAGAGGCUACAGCUCCAGAGCAGAAAAACACUCCAGUGAAAAACGAAGUCAGGGAAAGAGUUCAUCUCUAGGUGACAUCAAACACAAAUUUCUGAAACCCUCUGAAGAUGAUUUAUCAUUUUACAGUGUACCUAGAGACUGCAAGUCACAGCAGUCCUCUUCCAAACUGCUGGUUCAUAGCUCUUUGAGCAGCCGAUGCCAAAAACCUAGUGAAGGUACUGCACUGUGGACCAAAACACACAGAGAAGAUAAUAAUGAGAAAUUAAGAUCUGAUCAAAAAUCAUCAGGUACUAGGGAACAAAUUGAUGACAGUAGUCGGGGAAGAACUCCAAGUGAUGAAAAAGAGAAGUCUCGACAGGAGUAUCCAAGCGAUAUCCCUGAGAAGAAACAAACAUUAUCUGACAAUAAAACAUCAUGUUCUAGACAGACAUCAAAGGAUGAGCCGCCUCGGGUCCUUAGUGAAGAGGAGAUGAACAGACUGGGAGCGAGGAUUGUGAAAGCAGAACUUAUGGGAGACACGGAGUUAGCUUCAAAACUUCAAGUAGAACUUGAGAAUGCACGCAAAUUGAGAGAGACUCAAGGGCAGAUUCCAGCCAAGUCUGGCAGAGAGGCUUCAAGCCGUCAAGAAGAUGAACAAGUGGUCCUUGUCAGAACAGAUCGAAGUGGAAGGGCAUGGCCUGUGACUGCACCAACUGAACCACAGGAGCCAAAAGGAGGACGGAGAAAGCAACAGAUGGUCCCUACUCAUAUAGGUAAAGAAAGAGUAAGGUAUUUUCAGGAUGAUGAUAGUAUGAACCUGAAAGAUCUGGUCAAAGAUGAGAAGAUGAGAACAGCAGAGGAUCAAAACUCACUGUUCAUGCGUAUGGCGUCAAAGCUCAUGGAAAAAACUGACAGAGAGUACUACACUCUGGAUGACAUGUUUGUUUCCAAAGCAGCCAAAAGAGCGCGCAGUGGGGAAGAGGAAGAAAUACAAAGAAGAAAAGCAAUACAUGAGCACCAGCAGCUUGCUGCACGCAUGGAAAAGUGCCCAUACUGCUUUGAUAGCAGUGAACUUUCUAAACAUCUUAUUAUUGCCAUUGGCACCAAGGUAUACUUGUCUCUGCCAAGCAAGCAGUCCCUUACGGAAGGUCACUGCCUGAUAGCCCCUCUGCAGCACCAUACUGCAGCCACUCUUUUGGAUGAAGAUAUCUGGGAAGAAAUUCAGAUGUUCCGAAAUACGUUGGUGAAAAUGUUUGAAGCUAAAGACUUGGACUGCGUGUUCCUAGAAACAAACAUGAGUAUGAAGAAACGGUAUCACAUGGUGUAUGAAUGUAUUCCUCUUCCAAAAGAAGUAGGAGAUAUGGCUCCAAUCUACUUUAAGAAAGCUAUAAUGGAGUCUGAUGAAGAGUGGUCCAUGAACAAGAAGUUAAUUGAUCUUUCUUCAAAAGAUGUUCGGAAAUCUGUUCCUAAAGGAUUACCAUACUUUGCUGUGGACUUUGGCCUUCAAGGAGGAUUUGCUCAUAUCAUUGAAGAUCAACACAAGUUCCCUCAUUACUUCGGAAAGGAAAUUAUUGGUGGCAUGCUGGACUUGGAACCACAGCUCUGGAGAAAAGGAAUCAGACAGAACUUUGAGGAUCAGAGGAAGAAGGUGUUGCAGUUUGCACAGUGGUGGAAACCAUAUGACUUUACCAAAAAGAAAGAAUGAGUACAUCUCUGCAGUCAAGGACUAUAUAAGCCAUAAAUUAUAUUAAAGGAUAUUUCAUAUGUUAAGAAUAACAGCAAUGUGUUAUGUAUUGCUAAUAUAUUUUAAAACCAAGGAUGUUGUUUAAUUGCUGAUUACCUAUUUCUGGUUUGGACACUGUGGAUCACAUGAACCUGCAAGCCUGACAAGCCAGAAGUGUACAGUGUUUUUAGUUUUUCAUUUUUAAGCUGAGCCAAAAGAAUUGGCUAUUGGAGUUCUUCAAAGUGUAGCUUCUGCUUUUGGAGUUUUUAUAAUCUUUGAGGCAACUAAUUUUUUUAUAUUGUAUUUAGCGUAGAGCCAGUGCUUAAUUAUCAUGGUGACUUUUUGUAGAAAAUGGUGUACAUUUUAAGAACAUUUUGAUUAAUACAAAUACAUUGUUGCAGAA